GAGGCACAGGAAGUAUGUCAGUGAUCCGAACUUGUAUUAACCUGCUGUUGUAUAUGGUUAGGUAAGUAUUCUUGGUAUAAGUUGUCUUUUGACCUCUUGCUGAUGUUGAUUUUCUUUAUAACCAAUCUUCCACAAGCAUCACUCCCUCUUAGAACUAAUUCUGUUUUGCAUUUAGCCGAUCAUCUACCUCGUAGUACAACAGUAUCCAUGAAGAAUCUUACUUCGUCAUAGGAGAACAGCACACCGUCAUCAAAGAGAACGCCUAUUAAACGUCAAUUUAAUUUCUCUUAAGGCAAUAUGUUCUAUAAUAACCUCAUGACUAAUCUUUACGAUGUAAAUAUUUAAAUAUUUACAGAGCAGUGCGAUGUUUUGAUAGACAGUGUGGAUGUAGGCAUGCGCAAAAAGGCAGGGCGCGCGCUGCUAAUCACCCUCAGACGCCGGGCAGGGAUCGCGUUCUGAAAGAGACGAGUGAAAACAUGAGCAUUUUAACCGACUGUAAUGUUCGAAAGUUCAUGGAUGAUGGGUUCCUGGUUCUGGAGGGGUUCCUUGACCCAGAGGAUUGUGAUGCAUUGAGGGAGAGAAUGAAGGAAAUCGUGGAGAAGAUGGAUGUCCCCAAACACUGCAGAGUACAGUUCUCCACUGACCACGACGAGCAGCUAAAGACACAGGGAAGUGCGGAUUACUUCAUCACCAGCGGCGACAAGAUUCGCUUCUUCUUUGAAAAGGAUGUUUUCGACGAUAAAGGUCACUUUAUUGUGCCUAAGGAACUUUCUGUGAAUAAAGUUGGACAUGCCCUCCAUGCCCAUGAUGCGUUGUUUAAAACCGUCACACACUCCCCGAAUGUCCAGAAUUUGGUUAAGAAGUUGGGUCUCGAGAGACCUGUGGUUUUGCAGAGCAUGUACAUAUUCAAGCAACCUGGGAUUGGUGGAGAAGUGACCCCGCAUCAAGACGCCACCUUCCUGUACACCGAGCCGCUGGGACGGGUGAUGGGCGUGUGGAUCGCCCUGGAGGAUGUCACGCAGCAGAAUGGCUGCCUCUGGUUCAUUCCUGGCUCUCACAAAAACGGGAUCACUCGCCGAUUUGUCCGCACCCCCCAGGGGUCCAACUGCCUGACGGACUUUGUGGGACAGGAGAAGAACUAUGACAGCAAGCUGUUCAUUCCCACACCGGUUAAGAAAGGGGGAGUGGUUCUCAUCCAUGGUGAGGUGGUCCACCAGAGUGCCCAGAACACCUCUAACGUCUCCCGUCAUGCCUAUGCAUUUCACAUCAUGGAGUCGAAGGACACACGCUGGAGUCCGGACAACUGGUUACAGCCCUCCCCAGAGCUGCCAUUUCCUCCCCUCUACACCUGACACAACACCGGAUGUCCACAUUCACUCAUUCCCUAUGACGAUUGUAGACCUUGGUUUUACUGUGUACUCAGAACUAAGAUAAAAAAAACAGUCAGUCAUAUACAGUCAUAUAAACACAUGAAGACAUGCCGAUGCUUAACAGUGCCCAGAGAAGCCCGCUCAUAAAACAUGGUAAAUGCUGAUCAUCCGGUGCUGCAGCAUGCAUGUGACAAACUGAAUCGGUCUUGGGAACAGACGACAGAAGCACACCGCUCACUUCACAUCAAAGUCACAUCGCACACAUACAUUUUAUUGUUGCUCCAUCCUUUAUUUGUAUUAUUUGUAAUUUUCAUAUCAAAGGAAAAAACAUUUAGAUACAAAUACCAGCAGAAAGAGAGGGUUUUACUGCAUAUGCAUGCAAGAGUAGCUGAAAAUCUGGAAUGAAGCAAACACAUUUCGAUUGAGGAGUGGGAGCGAAAACAUACACACAUUUGAUUUUAUCUCGACUGCAACACUGUACCACAUGUCAGGAACCAGCUGAAGACCUCAAGAGCAUUUUAGAAAAUCAUCUACUACUGUGUCCAGCUGCCAGAUUUUAAAAUUGACUGACUGCUUUUCAUGAUAGUGCAUCUGAACAUUAAAACAUAAUAUGGUAAUUGACAA